CCUCGCUUUGCACGCGUGCGGUUUUCGGUGUUUGUGCGGCCCUGAUUUCGAGCUGAACACCCAGUGUGGUUUUUGGCUCAUCAGUACGUGACAUCUAGUGUGUUUGUCCAUGUGAUGACGUGACACUUUAAAACCCAGGAUAAUGUUCUACAAUACACCGAAACAGCAACUUGGAUUAGACAGCGCACACACCUACUUCGCAAUGGCAGUUUUUGAGAGAACCAUCAAGGGAGGAUGAUGAACUCAUAAGAAAAACUCGACCCCGUGUGGUAAUGGCACCAGCACUCUCUCUUGACGAUGCUGCUGAAGUACUUGGAAAGAAUGAAUUAGAUCUACUACUUGCAUACACUUACAACUCCACUUGGGGUAAAGAUUCAAAGGAAGCUGCUCGUUGUAUUCCCAAGAAACCUGUUUUAAAUACGACAUAUGAGACGGAUGCAGAUCAAGUUCGUUACCAACCGGAAAAAACUGAUACUGUUGAGUGUCCUCCAUAUAAAGCAUUGCAGGUAAAGGUUCCAACAGAAAAACCUGAAGCGUACACAGUUUCACCUGUUAUGCUACAUACCCCCCUCUUCAUGAAGACAUUACCUGAGUAAUGGCUACAUGAAGUAGCACCAAGACUGCCACAUCCAUACUACUACUAUUGCUGUUGCUACUACUACUACU